CACGAUCAGUGUUCGUUCGACUGUCGUUCCGAGCCCCGUCCCUGCCUCAAUAGGCGAAGAUGACUUCAAUGCUUACCGGUUAUUUCGUGGUUCUCAUUGCUGUGCUCGUCGCUGUUCUAGUCAAACGCCGCAGAGAUGAGCUCCGGUACUUCAAGAAACUUGGCAUACCGGGACCCGAGCCGAAUUUCUUCUGGGGGCAUUACGACAAAUUCCAAGAAAACCACAUCCACUGGCUCGAGAAAUGGGCGGAGGACUACGGCGAUUUCUACGGCAUAUUCCUCGGGACUAAGCCGCUCCUCGUCAGCACCGAUGUUGAGUUCGCUCAAUACGCUCUUGUGAUGAAUUUCUCAAAUUUCGUGAAUCGGGCUCCGCUUCUCGUAUUGCAGAUGUCCAAUCCGAACAUAGAAGGAUUUCUGAGCCUGGUGAGCGGGGAAAAGUGGAAAAAGCUACGGUCCUUGAUGACGCCAGCCUUCACGACGAGGAAUAUGAAAGAGAUGCUGCCCCUGAUUCUGCGGGGAGCCGAAGACUUCAUCGUGAAUCUGAAGAAGCAGAGAGGUCCUUUCGACAUUGUACCGCUGGUCACCAGCCUCUCGAUAGACAAUAUGGGGCGAACCGUGUUCGGAAUCGAUGUCGGGGCUCAAGCGCAAAAGGAGAACAGUAGUAUACGCGAUACGAUCACAAAAGUCGCAGAAUCCUCAAUGACCGGUAGCCUCGAUCUGUUAGUGAAUUCGUUCAGUACGCUGGGAUACGGCUUCAAAGGGGUGUUUUUCUAUUUAUCCAAGCUCGGUAUCAUCAAAAGACCCGAUGACGAUCUCUGUGCAAUGCUGAAAAAUAUUAUCGGGUCAAGGAAGCGAGCUGAGAAAUCUAACAAUCUCCUGCAGAGGUUGAUAGAUGCUUCAGAGGACAACUCAACCUCAACAACACCAGCCUUGAGUGAAGGAGAGCUCGUGGGCAACUCAGUAGGAUCGUACUUUGUCGGAGUUGACACAACAAGCAUUCUGUUGUCGUACUUGUUCUUCUGUCUCGGUCAGAAUCAAGAUGUUCAGGAUCGUCUGAGAGAAGAAAUCAACCGAUAUGCGCGAGACGAGCUCGAAUACUACACAGUUUCGAAACUGCAGUAUCUCGAUAGUGUGAUAAACGAAGUUCUCAGGCUUUAUCCCCCUGCCACCGGGUUUAACACACGACAAGCCGCCGAGGAAUUCAAGUUUAGAGGAACUACCUUCCCAGCUGGCCUCAACAUCUUGUUCGCCGUCUCAUCGAUUCAACGGGAUGAGAGACACUGGGAUGAGCCGCUGGAAUUCCGUCCUGAACGCUUCGAGGCCCGAACAAAUAAUCGUCUCGCUUUCCAGCCAUUCGGAGACGGUCCCAGGAAUUGCGUCGGAAUGCGACUUGCCCUGAUGUCUACGAAGUUUGUGGUUGCGAGGGCGCUUCAGAAAUUCAGGUUCCGAUCCUAUGGAAAUGUUGAAAGGAUACCUCUCACGGUUCUUAGCAAGCCAGGUCGAGUUCUGGUCUCCGUAGAGCCAAUAAAUGAUGAUGACUUGGGUGCUUAUCGGGCGGUGUAA